AUGGUACGACCUCGAGCUCCGCGGUGUUUGAUCGCCCAAAUACCGCGCCGAUACUACUCCGCUCCCUCGCCUGCGGCAAAGCUCAACUUGCCCCUUGACUUCAAGACUACUCCUCUGUUACAUCACACUCCGGCAACAUUGUCAAGCGUCCCGAAUUUUCCAGCUGGGGCCACAAGUAAGCGAUUGAAUCUGUUCCAAGCCAUCAACUCCGCUCUCAGAACCGCCCUAUCGUCCUCUGAUAAAGUUCUACUCUUCGGCGAAGAUGUGGCAUUCGGUGGUGUGUUUCGGUGCUCUAUGGACCUUCAAUCAGAAUUCGGUUCCGAUCGAGUCUUCAAUACACCCUUGACGGAGCAAGGAAUUGCAGGGUUCGCCAUAGGCGCCGCCGCAGAGGGCAUGAAACCCGUGGCAGAGCUCCAGUUCGCCGAUUACAUGUAUCCUGCCUUCGACCAGAUCGUUAAUGAGGCGGCAAAGUUCCGGUAUAGAGAAGGCAACACUGGAGUCAAUGUCGGGGGACUCGUGAUACGCAUGCCGUGUGGUGCAGUGGGUCAUGGUGCUCUCUACCAUACACAAUCGCCUGAGUCGCUCUUCGCACACAUUCCGGGCGUCCGAGUUGUGAUGCCCCGGUCACCUGCACAAGCCAAGGGUCUCUUGCUGUCAUCCAUUUUCGAGCACAACGACCCGGUAAUCUUCAUGGAACCGAAGGGUCUCUACCGAGCGGCUGCGGAGUACGUCCCAAAUGAAUACUACACUAUUCCUCUCAGCAAGGCCGAGAUAGUCAAGCCUGGCAAAGACCUCACGAUCAUCUCCUACGGCCAACCACUGUACCACUGUUCUGCCGCCAUUUCCGCCAUCGAAAAGACCAUGAAGGGUGUAAACAUCGAGUUGAUUGAUCUACGCACUAUCUAUCCUUGGGACCGUCAGACAGUUCUCGAGAGCGUGCGAAGAACCGGGAGAGCGGUUGUGGUGCACGAAAGCAUGGUUAAUUACGGUGUCGGAGCAGAGGUUGCCGCGACUCUGCAAGAGGGUGCAUUCCUCCGAUUGGAAGCUCCGGUCAAGCGAGUUGCUGGAUGGAGCACUCACACAGGCUUGACUUACGAGCAGUUCAUCUUGCCUGAUGUUGCAAGAAUAUUUGAUGCGAUCAAGCAGACUCUGGAGUAUUGA